AAAGACACUACUCGCGGUUUCAUUGGACAUCACAGCACAGAAUUGUAGGACAUGUCAAAAAUGGACAGGUUUCAUAUUUAAGUGAGCGAGUAUAUUCCUACUCGCUUUGUAAGCAAGUAAAGAAAGAUUAAAUCUUUGGGUUCUUUCUGGUCAAUUACUUCUGGCAACAUCAAACUGGGUUGUGCUGUGGCGCUAUUAACAGCUCAUUUUCCUUGUUUUGUUUUUCUUUUUUAGGAAGAGAACCCAAGUUGCUUUGCUCUCAAGUGAAUAGCACUGAAAAAAAGAACAAUUUUUUUUUGGCAUAGAUAAUGGCUGAGAAUCCUUACCUGUUAUUCUCUGAAAAUAACCGCUUCAUCUAAUCCACCCUCCUCUUCCUCAAUUUCAGACCCCAAAAACCGUUUUAUUCCAACUGUCUCUCUGUGAGUUUUUCACUUUUAAACCCCAACGUUUAAAAAGUUGAGGCCUUCCAGUUGGUCACUGUGUCAUUUGGUGUCAGGAAGAAGAGUGAAUCAGAGAUUUGGAUGUUUGCAGGGAUUGUGGGGAUCUGGUUUUGGUGAGGAGUAAGGAGGGAGAUGGAACCUCCAACUGGGUUUUUGGCUACGCUGUGGAACUUCAUCUGUUUUCUGCCUUACUUUAUUGGGCUUCUUCUUCUUGGCACGGUUAAAGGAAUUUUCUUCUGUCCAUUGAUUUGCCUUAUCAUUGGAGUUGGAAACACCGCUAUCAUAUUGGGUCUUUGGCCUGUUCACAUUGUUUGGACCUAUUAUUGCAUCUUGAGCGCUAAACAAUUUGGGCCAGUUCUGAAGAUUGUUGUCUGCAUAACUAUACUACCUCUCCAAUUGAUCUUGUGGCCGGUGGUUGGAAUUGUUGGAAGUGUAUUGGGCGGAGCAGCAUAUGGCUUACUUUCACCAGUAUUUGAAACUUUUCAAGCUGUUGGAGAAGGGAAGACCAAUCAGUUGUACCACUGCUUUUACGAUGGAACUGUAAGCACGGUUAAGGGAAGCUUCACUGUUGUGAGGGAUUUUAAGGAUGUCUGUUACCAUACAUACUUCUCAGUUAUGGAUGACCUGAAAAGUCAAGGUCCUCCAAAAUAUUAUGAAAUCAGGUUGCUUUAUCUUCCUGGGGCUGUUCUAGCAGGGGUCCUUGGUUUCAUGGUUGAUAUGCCAUUGAUCUCAUUUAUUGCCAUUUACAAAAGCCCAUACAUGCUCUUCAAGGGGUGGCACCGUUUGUUUCAUGACCUUAUUGGUCGGGAGGGCCCUUUCUUGGAAACAAUAUGUGUUCCGUUUGCAGGUCUUGCUAUCCUAGUCUGGCCAUUGGCUGUUGUUGGGGCAGUUUUGGCAUCUAUGGUGGCUAGCAUAUUUCAUGGUGCUUAUGCUGGAGUGGUAGUUUAUCAGGAGUCCUCUCUUUGGAUGGGGCUUCGCUUUAUCAUUGCAUCCUUAGCCAUAUAUGAUGAAUACAGCAAUGAUAUCCUUGACAUGCCAGAAGGAUCCUGCUUUCCAAGGCUAACCUACCGAAAAAAGGCUGAAUCGCUUCCAACCACCUCUCGCGCACCUUCUUUCUCAAAGCAUAGAUCUUUGAAAAAUGCUCCCUCAUUCAAUAAUGCUAUGAUUGAGUUGAAGCCCCUUGAGGUAAUGGAUAGCUUAUUUAGGGAGUGCAAACGAUAUGGGGAAAUCCUGUUUUCUGAAGGAACAAUAACUCGUCAAGACCUCGAAGAUGCCAAGUCUAGUAAAGGAAGUAGAGUUAUUAGCACUGGCUUGCCAGCUUGUUGCCUUCUUCAGACACUCUUGCGAUCUGCAAAAGCCAAUUCGGCGGGCAUAUUGUUAAUUGACAACUGUACUGAGAUAACUAGCUCAAACAGACCAAAAGACACAAUCUUUGAUUGGUUUCUCAACCCCCUCUUGAUCAUCAAGGAUCAGAUCAAAGCAGAAAAGCUUACUGAGUCAGAAGAGUACUACCUCGGCAAAUUAGUUCUAUUGAGUGGUGAUCCUGUGAGGUUGAAAAACUCAAACAUCGGCUCACCACCUGAUUCAGAACGUAAACAAGCUGAACUUGAUGCAUUGGCUCGAAGGCUCCAAGGUAUUACUAAAUCAAUCUCAAGAUACCCAACUUAUAGGCGCCGGUUUGAGGAGCUUGUCAAAGCCUUAUCUGAUGAACUUGGCCAGAAUAAUGAUGGUAGUAUCAAACCAACCAGCGGCCCCAAUACCAUUGCAAGAUCAAAGAGUGCCUUUGCCCGGUUGUUCACCCAGAAAUCUUUUAGUUUUACAAGCAAAACAAGCAAUCACGGGGGUGAUCCAGAGUCACAAGAAGUCGAAAGAGAUGUGACCAUUGCAUAGUGAAAUGUCUCACGUGCCUACAGCCAUAUUGAUUUUUAGCCUUUUAGGUAUUAACUUUGUUCAUGCCACAACGUUUACCGUCUUGUUCAAAAUUGGGACGGAGAAAAAGGUAUUUUGAUUCCCUUUUUUUUCUUUUUCUGUUAUGUAUACAAAAUAUAUAUACACUUAAUGUAAGCAGAUGCAUAUGAUAAAACAGUUGUAAUUCCUUUCAAUUGAAAUUCAUUGACAGUAUGAGUGAAGAAUUUGAUGCAAC